UUAUAUUUCAACAAAAAUUUGGAUUUUAUUAUCUUUUAUUUAUAAAAAUGUCAAACGAAGCUAAUAAUGAUAAUUCGACAACCGAUGAAGAUCCUACAAUCAUUGAUCCUAAUAAAACACAAAAUGAUGGUAAAACCUAUUUGAUUAUAAAACGAUAUGAAAAAUAUGAAGAUUCUGAUGAACAAGAUGAUUAUGAACCAAUAGCAUUGGAUAUUGAUUCAACAGAAUUGGAAUUUACUCAUUGUCGGAUAGCUACCACUAAAAAUUUCGAUAUACUUACUAAAACUGAAUUUCUUGGCCUACGAAAUAAUUUGAUAACAAAAAUCGAAGGUUUCAUUCAGCUUAUUACUCUUCGUGAACUUGAAUUGUAUGAUAAUCAAAUUGAAAAAAUUGAAAAUCUAACUAAUCUCAUAAAUUUAGAAGUUCUUGAUCUUUCAUUCAAUCGACUUAAACGAAUCGAAGGUAUUGAUACGUUGGUUAAUUUGAAAAAAUUAUUUCUGGUCAAUAAUCAAAUUGAAAAAAUAGAAAAUCUAAACACUUUAAUCAAUUUGGAGACAUUAGAAUUGGGUGCAAAUCGUAUAAGAAGAAUUGAAAAUAUUGAAAAUUUAAUAAAAUUAGAAAAUCUAUUUCUUGGAAAAAAUAAGGUGACCAAAUUGGAAAAUCUUGAUCAUCUGAAAUCAUUAACAUUGUUGAGCAUACAAUCGAAUCGUAUAACCAAGAUCGAAGGAUUAGAUUGUUUGGAAAAAUUGCAACAACUUUAUCUUAGUCAUAAUGGUAUUGGCAAGAUUGAAAAUCUAGAUAAAAAUUUAAUGAUCGAUACGCUUGAUUUAGCUGGUAAUCAAAUUAAACGAUUUGAAAAUAUUGAACAUUUAACAGAACUGGAAGAACUUUGGUGUAAUGAUAAUCAAAUCGAUGAUUGGCAUAAUGUUCAGGUGUUAGCUAAAACUGCCAAAUUAUCUACCGUUUAUCUUGAAAGAAAUCCAAUUGCAAUGGAUCAAAUGUAUCGAAAAAAAUUGAUGCUUAUUGCAUCGACAUUGAAACAAAUUGAUGCAACAUUAUGUCGAUAGACUGGAUAGUAUUGUCUUGUUUAAAUCAAACAAACAAAAAAAAUUUUUGUUCACUCCGGUUUGUUGUGAAUUUUUUUUUGUUUGUUUGUUUGUUCG